CCGCUUCUCUCUAUUUAUAUAAUUCAAUGCUCAGCGUGUAGUUCUCUCUUCUCGGAGAAAGAUAACAAUGUGUGCGAGAUUUGACAACUGUUAGAAAAAUUGCAUCGGUGUCGUUGAAAAGUCGUGGUAGGAGGUACCUGUGAGUCCAUUUGUCUAUACUUCGGGAAAUUGAUCACGAUUGUGUUUCAACAUAUUCUUCAUAUUUGUCAAUAAUUUCAAAUGUCUACGCGUUAUAUGAAAAAAGUUUACGGCGGCAAUGUAAUCGCGGAAAAGGAUAACAAUAGUGCGAGUGACACAGAGAUUUCGGUAAACAACGACACGAAGUCGAAAUCUUUCAACGUUUUCGACGUGUUAAAUCAGAGCUCUGAUAAUGACAGCAAAGACACCAAUGAUAAGCAAGAUGAUGAGAAUACGCUUUCAAACGAUGUGAAUUACAAUGAGGCAAAACCCAAGAAAAAGAAAAAAAAACGUAAGAAGACAGAGAAUGUUAAAAAUCAGCAGCAGCAAGAUGUGGAGUGCAACAAAAAUAUAGAUGAAAUUGAGCAAAGCAUAUGGGAAGUGAACCAACUGCUCGGAGAACCAGUACCAGGUUGCAGCAAACAAAUAUCUGAGCCACAAUGGAUCAAUAAAAUAUCUAAGGAGGAUAUAUUGACUAUAGAGCAUAAACAUUUGAAUCCAUAUAACGAAUUGAAGAAAAUUUUUGGUAGUAAAACUAUACAAGCCGAACGAAGCAAACGAAGAAAUAGAAGUCGUUCUGGCCACUUGAAGAAAACAUGGUUAGUUUGCCCUCGAGAUAAUUGGCCACCAAUUGGUAAAUCUGGAUUAUCAAUGUCUUUAGAUUAUUCUAUAGAAAGUACAGGGAAUGUACAGUAUUUUGUAUACCAGCAUAGUUCUUCAUACAAACAGAUACAACUAAAAUUCUUGCAGGCUGUUGAAAGCUUGAAUCCAGAGAACAUAAUUAGCAUAGUAAAUGCACAUUCUUAUCAUGUAGAUGCUCUCCUACAAUUAGCUGAACUUUGUAAAUUAAGUGAAGACUUAGCAAUGGCAGCAGGCUUCAUUGAAAGAGCUUUGUAUUGCUUAGAAUGUGCUUUUCAUCCAUCCUUCAAUGUAACAUCUGCACAGUGCAGAUUAGAUUACCGGAAACAGCAGAAUCGUGCAUUGUUUAUAACACUUUUUAAACAUCUUGGAUUUGUUGGUGGACGUGCUUGUUACAGAACAAGCUUGGAAUUUUGUAAGUUACUUUUGUCAUUGGAUCCAGAAGGUGACCCACUAGCGGUAGUCUUGUUUAUUGAUUUUUAUGCCUUAAGAGCUAAGGAAUACGAAUGGUUUAUCAAGUUUUGUGAUCUUUGGGAAAGCACCAGAAAUUUAACUCAAUUACCAAACAUAGCAUACAGCCUAGCCUUGGCUCACUUUCGUUUGGGAGAGAGAUUUGAUGCUGAUGAGUUUUUGCAGAAGGCUCUUAUCAUGUUUCCAGGUGUACUGAUGCUUUUACUUGAAAAAUGUAGCAUACAGACGGACAGCAAGGUGAUGCGUCACGAUUUCUUUAAUUCUCAAGCACAAGCAAGUACGUCGCCGGCUUUAGAGAAACUACAAAAUUUGUACGUAGCGCGUAGUUUUCAUCUGUGGAAGGAGGCAGACAUUUUACCAUGGUUGGAGUCAAACGUACACACUGUGCUAAAUCGCGUUGAGCUUAAAGACGAUUAUGUUAAGUACUGUCGAGUGAAGCGUAGCAAGAGAUAUCAAGGGAUGCCAAAAAAUAUCUUGAGACACAUCAUUUUAGCGGAUAUAAAAGAAGUUAUUGUUAAUGUACAAGAGAUCCAGAAUGAAGGACCAGUAUUGUCACACGAUCCAUUGCCGCCGAUAGACAGUAUCAAUAUCUACAGAAGGACUACAACAAGUGAAAGAACAGCUCAAAGCAACUCAAACUUCUUUUCUCUUUUCUUUUCUUCAUUAUUUACGGGCAUUGACGAGGUAGCGCCUGAUGCUUUAAAUGGUUUGCACCUCUUUGAGGAGAAUGAUGAUCACGCAUAAUAAUGCCAUUUUUCUAAUCACAUGGAACCUAUGAUGGCAAAACGAUUAAAAACGACUCAAACAAUUGAAACGAUUAAAAACGAUCAGGACGAUUAAAAAUAGUUAGAACGAUGAAAAACGAUUAAAACGGUAAUGGUUAAUCAUAAAUUGUGCAGUUUUAUUACGUAACAACUGUAAGAAUCUAGUAUAUAGCAAUAGAGGAGGACAAUUUAUUUUCAAAAUUAUUUAAUUUAUUUAAUUUAUUACAAAAAGAUAAAACAGCAGAGAGUUGUUGAUUAUUAGAAUAUCUGAUCAUUGAGAAAUUCAAUUUUUGAAUAUGCAUAUGUGAUAUUGUAUUAUCGUAUAACAUGGCAUUAAAUCGGUUAAUUAUUGUAACAAAUCAAUUAUUACAUAUGUGUUUCUAUACAACGUGUAAAUACAAUGAAUGUACCUAUAUUGCAGUAAAUAAAAUAUACAGAAUAAAUUCUA